AUGUGGUGGCUUUUGUCAAUUGGAGCAUGGCUGGUGGCUAGAAAAUGCAGUCGAAGGUUUGGGGGCAGUAGGCCUCCAUGGUGCCCACGGGAUGAGGAAGUGCUGGAGCUUGUCGCUAAAGAUGGAACUAUGGAUUAUCAGAAAUGGCCCAACUUGCUGGAUCCUUUAAUCGGACGACUAGAACAUAUCAUUCACAAUGACUUCCCGAUGCCCAUUAUCGCUCCAACUUGGAGCCCAACUGUUGAUACCCCAAGUCUUAUCCCCUCCUCCUCCUAUUCUACCCAAGAAAUAAUCUCGCAAGCAAAUAGCAAUAAAGAGAAUGCCCCCCCACCACCAUUACAAACCCCGCCCCGCCGACCACCAGUUCCGGCCUUUCCAUCCUCCGCCUCCAAUGAACGCAUUCCUGAUUCGCAGCCGCAGUCUGCUCCGACGGACGACGCCCUCCCGCCACCCCUCGUCGCAAUCCUCUUGUCAAUCAAAUCCACUCUAAAGACCUAUUUCUCUACACACCCACCACACACGAUACAGCGCCUAGCAGAGUUGAUACUACACCCGACCCGUUACUACCGCACGUUGCCUGCGUAUCUCCGUGCGGUAGACAGGGUAGUGUCUGUCUCCAGCGGCGCUGAUAUUUUCCCAUUGCCGCGCUCCAUGCCUUUACCCGGCGGCAUUAUCGAUACCAAUCUCGCCAACGGCGUCAAUGGGACAGGGAGCUAUAAUUUCAUGCUUAGCGAUAGCGAUCUGCUGGGAAGCGAUGAGUCUCUUGGAGGUGCUCUUCUCACCCCGAUCCCGUGGCUGAACAACAACUUUACUCUUCCCGGAGGUAACGACGAUGGUGACUUUGUGGAACGCGGUUCUAGUCCAAAUUCGAGCCCAGGUGCGAGCUCGCCCGGUAGCAGCAGCGCGUCGUUGUCCGCUGUUCCGUCGCUGGAAUCCGGCGCCGUGGCAGAGGGCGAACUCAUUCGACAGGAGCAAGAGACUGGUGCUGUUCCUACAACAAUACACCAUGAGAAUGCGCGACAGCACCAGACGGCUUCGUCCCUGAUGGGUGAGGGAGCUGAGGGAGAAGCACAAGGUGAAGAAUUCGAGGAAGUGCCUCAUGCGAGAGGUCCUAAUAUUCUCGGCGUAGAAGAUAUGGGAUUGCAGAAUGGGAAGGGAGUGGUGAUGUCACUGUCGGCCAGUCCCCCUCGCACUGAUGUUUCUCGUGGCGGUGGUGGUUCGGCGGCCGAUUCGAAUGACGCCCUGCGAGAAUCAACGGGUAAUGAUGAGUUGAGUGAUGAUAUGAAGGGUGAUACAGAUAGGGAUGCAGAUGGAGACAUUGUCAUUAGUGAUACACCUGAGAAGCCUGUUGGGGCGCCGAAGGAAGACCAACCAGGACCUGUUUCAAUGGUGCAAUCUGAAGAGCCGAAGCAAGAGAAUGGCGUGCUGACAACGUCAGCGAUGGAAACAGAUGAAGGACCAAAUGAGAGCAAAACGGAAGAAUCCAGCGGCGGCAGUCGGAUGGACACAUGA